GCCAGCUUUGCCUAACCGGUUACGUGGAUGUGUACCUUCAAGUUGGAGCAAACAAAGCUGGUGUGCAGUGUAUGACUGACUCAUUUGGCUCAUCAAAAGUCAAGCCACCAAACUCCCAUUGAUACAGAGAUAACACUAUAUUUAAUUUGCUGAAGAUGAAACAGCAGCUUUCGGUGACUGUUAGCUCGUAGAAACGGUGUUGAAUCUCCCGUGUUUAGCCACGUUGAUUCUGAAAAUGUGACUAGCAGGAGCAAGCCUAGCCAGCAAUGCUACUGAUCGCUAACUAGCUCAACCGGAUAACUGGUUUGGUUUACAGCACAGCAUUUAGGUUAACCGGUAUUCUGUCCAUUCGUCUGGUAAAACAUAACAAGCUAACUGUUCAACUCGUUUAAUUGGUGACUGAUUGAGAGGAGACACAUAAACACAGGGGCCUGUCUCCAUCCCAUCCCAUCCCGCCUCGUCCCUUCCCUGAGGUUGUGAUGGAGAAGCCGUGGAGGUUGUGGGGGCCUCUGAGGCGCUGCCUGCUGGCCACGGGCUCAAGGAUGUGGGGCGUGUGUCGCAUCUCGCUGCUGGCGCUCAUCCUGACCUUCCACCUGUAUGGUGGUUUCCUUCUUCUGGGGCUCAUCCUGUGUUCGGUGGCCGGCAUCCUCUACAAGUUCCAGGACGUGCUGCUCUACUUCCCUGACCAGCCGUCGUCGUCGCGCCUCUACGUGCCUGUGCCCACUGGCAUCCCGCACGAGAGCGUGCUUGUGCGUGCCAAGGACGGUGUGCGCGUCAGCCUCAUCCUGCUCCGCUACACCGGUGACCCAGCAGCAGGUGACCCCACUGCCCCCGCGCCCACCAUCCUCUACUUCCACGGCAACGCAGGCAACAUCGGCCACCGGGUGCCCAACGCGCUGCUGAUGCUGGUCAACCUGAAGGCACAUGUGGUGCUGCUGGACUACCGCGGCUACGGCAAGAGCGAGGGCGAGCCCAGCGAGGAGGGCCUGUACCUGGAUGCCGAGGCGGCGCUAGACUUCAUCAUGACGCGGCCUGAGGUGGAUAAGACCAAGGUGGUGCUGUUUGGCCGCUCGCUGGGCGGCGCCGUGGCCAUCCGGCUGGCAUCCGCCAACCCGCACCGCGUGGCGGCACUGGUGGUGGAGAACACCUUCCUGAGCAUCCCGCACAUGGCCGCCACGCUCUUCUCCUUCCUGCCCGUGCGCCACCUGCCGCUCUGGUGCUACCGCAACAAGUUCCUGUCGUACCGGCAGGUGACGCAGUGCCGCAUGCCCUCGCUGUUCGUCUCGGGCCUGUCGGACCAGCUCAUCCCGCCCGUUAUGAUGAAGCAGCUGUACGAGCUGUCGCCCGCGCGGACUAAGCGGCUGGCCAUCUUCCCCGAGGGCACGCACAACGACACGUGGCAGUGCCAGGGCUACUUCGCAGCGCUCGAGCAGUUCAUGAAAGAGCUGCUCAAGAGCCACACCCAGGAGGAGACGGCGCAGGGCUCUGCCAGUGUCACCAUCAUAUAAGGCCGGGUGGGGGUGGUCGACACGCAGGAGAGACCUCCUAGGCCUUCUCCGUGGGAUUGGCAUGAUCUCCUCUCAACACAUCCAUUAUUUGGUUCUGAAUAAGAAUGUACGCUUUUUUUUUUGCUAUACUUGUACGGUCAACUCUUCUUUUUCUCUUCCCCCUCCACUGGACAAACCUCACUGACUUACCAAUGUAACUAGACACAAUGAUGGUAGAUACAGGAUGUGUUUGGAGACAUGGAAGUAGAAAUUCAAUUAUGUUUUCAGAGAAACUGUUUCCUUGGUUUUUUUCCUUGUUUGUUUUUUGAUUGUUUUUUUUUUUCCCCUAAAGAUACUAUCAAUGCAUGAGAAACACUUUCAAUCAUGACAGUACCCAUCUGACGACGUAUAUAUAUCUACCUAAUAUAUGCAUCCAACUGAAGCUGAUCAGUGAAGGUAUAUGAAAUAUGUUGAUCUGUUGAAUUACUAUUUUGAGGUGCUGGAAGGUACCUAAUUACAAAGCUCGUAAAGCUCGAUUUGUGGUGUGAACUAGUGUGUGCCCUGUCAAACUCUGGACUAAAGGAAAUUAAAAUAAAUAUAUUGUUUGGAA